CGGUGGUCUCAGUCCUGGUCCUCUUUCGACUCCCCAGAAUUCCGGGUCUGCGGCGAGCGGGUCCCCGAAGGCAGAGAGCCCGAGGCAGCGCCCCUGCGGGCCCGGGAAGCUGGACGCCAGGUCGCUGGCACCCGCGGAGUCUCGCCGGAGCGGUUGGAGCAGAUAUUUCUGGAAACUGCUACAUAAGAAGUGGCCGGAAGUCAGAUGAAUGUCCAAAGAAGAGCUUAGGUUCUUCAGCAGUAUUGUUUUUGACAAUUCAUUGCUGCCAGCAUGCACAGUGCUCAUAGCAGAAACCACAGUGAUAGCCUCGGCCUUCCUUCUUCCCACAAGGGUUCAUCUCUGGCCGCCCUCGCCCACACUAGCCGACUUCAGCUGUGUUUGAAGUCAGAUGUGUCAGAAUGUGAAAAUGAUGAUCCAUUAUUGAAAUCUGCAAGUAAAAUCAGAGACAUAAAUAGCACGUAUGUUAUUUCUGCCUGUAAAAAGACGGGAGAUUUGCCCCUCACCCCUAACCCGAAGAGCAGAUUGACACUUCAGAGAAGAACUCCAAGGAACAAAGAAUCGUCUGUGCUGGGUAGUGAGCCAGGGGUCACAGCUGAAAACACAGUGGAGCCUCGUCUCGCAUUACAGCGCCGUGUGAACACGCACUGUGUGGAAAAGCGGGGAGCAGCUAACGUGGAUUCCGCGGGAAGGUGGGGAACAACGCAGGAUGUGGGAUGUGAAACCGGAAACGAUCGCGCUUCAGAGGGAACAGAUGCAAAUGUAAAUAUUGUAAAUAAUGACAAAACAUCUUUUGUUGCAUCUUCUGUACAGUUAGCUGAGGGCUUAAAAGACGUGGAAGUGAUGGCUAAGGAAAAAUACAAAGAAACACUUUCUGUCCUCAGUGGGGCGAAUGAAAAUGUUGCACUGAAGUGCGGGAGUGAGAGCGCGCCCUGUGGUUCCCGCGGUGGGACUGAGGUGGGGAGAUCAGGAUACUUGGCCGUGAAACGGACUCAGAGCAAGCUGGAUGUCAGAGUGCCGGGAAUAGGAAACUUACAUCAUAGAAGUAUUGGGAAGGACAGUGCAAAAAACACAAAUAAGCUUGGAAACUUUGAGAAAAGAACCCCCGUGAAAUGUAUGACAGAACACAGGUUGACACCAAAGUGUAGCGCGCUGCAGCACAAGAGCCCAGCUGCGUCCACACCGAAAAACAGGACGCCCAACUCCCUAGUUCAACAAAGGCCAAAAAGUUCCCUUCUUGCAAAUAAAAGGGAAAGGUCACAAGAAAAUACACUCCCUGCUGAGGAAGAAAUCGCAGUUCAGAACACCUCUGCAGAAACAGACCUCUUAAAAGUCGAGAGCAGUCAAGUGACAGUGGCAGUGCGUGUGAGGCCUUUCAGCAAAAGAGAGAAGAGUGAAAAUGCAUCCCAGGUGGUCUUCAUGAAUGGAGAAGAAAUCACCGUGAAACAUCCUGACAUGAAACAAGUUUAUACUUUUGUUUAUGAUGUGUCAUUCUGGUCUUUUGAUGAACAUCACCCUCACUACGCUAGCCAGACAGCUGUCUAUGAGACUCUAGCAUCACCACUUCUAGAAAGAGCCUUUGAGGGCUACAAUACCUGUCUCUUUGCUUAUGGUCAGACUGGCUCUGGAAAAUCAUAUACGAUGAUGGGAUUUAGUGAAGAACCAGGAAUAAUUCCAAGAUUUUGUGAAGACCUUUUUGCACAAAUAGCCAAAAAGCGAACCCAAGAGGUCAGCUAUCACCUUGAAAUGAGUUUCUUUGAAGUAUAUAAUGAAAAAAUUCAUGACCUUUUGGUUUGUAAAGGCGAAAAUGGUCAGAGAAAGCAACCGCUGAGAGUAAGGGAGCAUCCUGUUUUUGGACCAUAUGUGGAAGCACUGUCAAUGAAUGUUGUCAGUUCUUACUCUGAUAUCCAGAGCUGGUUAGAAUUGGGAAAUAAGCAGAGGGCGACUGCUGCCACCGGCAUGAAUGACAAGAGCUCCCGUUCUCACUCAGUGUUCACCCUGGUGAUGACCCAGACCAAGACCGAACUUGUGGAAGGGGAAGAACAUGACCACAGAAUAAUGAGCCGCAUAAACCUCGUCGACCUGGCGGGCAGUGAGCGCUGCUCCGCCGCGCACACCAGUGGAGAGCGCCUGAAGGAAGGAGUGAGUAUUAACAAAUCCCUGCUCACUUUGGGGAAGGUUAUAUCUGCACUCUCUGAACAAGCAAACCGAAAGAGGGUCUUCAUUCCUUAUCGAGAAUCUGUUCUUACCUGGCUGUUAAAAGAAAGUCUGGGUGGAAAUUCAAAAACUGCAAUGAUUGCUACAAUCAGCCCUGCUGCCAGCAACAUAGAAGAAACCUUAAGUACACUUAGGUAUGCUAACCAAGCCCGACUGAUAGUGAACGUCGCCAAAGUCAACGAAGAUAUGAAUGCUAAGUUAAUCAGAGAACUGAAAGCAGAAAUUGAAAAGCUAAAAGCUGCUCAGAGAAACAUUCGGAAUAUUGACCCUGAACGGUAUAGGCUCUGCCGGCAAGAAAUAACAUCCUUAAGAAUGAAAUUGCACCAACAGGAGAGAGACAUGGCAGAAAUGCAAAGAGUUUGGAAAGAAAAGUUUGAACAAGCUGAAAAAAGAAAAUUGCAAGAAACAAAGGAAUUACAGAAAGCAGGAAUUACAUUUCAGAUGGACAACCAUUUGCCAAACCUCGUUAAUCUCAAUGAAGACCCACAGCUGUCAGAGAUGCUGCUGUAUAUGAUCAAAGAGGGAACAACCACGGUUGGGAAGUACAGAGCAGACGCGAGCCACGACAUCCAGUUAUCUGGGGUGCUGAUCGCUGACGACCAUUGUACUAUCAGAAAUUUUGGGGGGACAGUGAGUAUUGUCCCAGCUGGGGAAGCGAAGACAUACGUGAAUGGAAAACGCAUCUUGGAACCCACAGUCUUACAUCAUGGUGACCGGGUGAUUCUCGGUGGAGAUCAUUAUUUUAGAUUUAACCAUCCAGUGGAAGUCCAAAUAGGGAAAAGAACGACUGGUAGAGAUACUCUUACAAGUGAGGGUCCGAAAGACUUUGAAUUUGCAAAAAAUGAGUUGCUCGUGGCCCAGCGAUCACAACUUGAAGCAGAGAUGAAAGAGGAAUGGUUGAAAGCAAAGGAAGAAAUGAUGCAAGAAAUCCAGAUUGCAAAAGAAAUGGCUCAGCAACAGCUCUCUUCUCAGAAAGCUGCAUAUGAGGGCAAGAUCAAAGCCCUGGAGGCAGAGCUGAAAGAAGAGUGUCAAAGAAAGAAAAUGCAGGAAAUAAAUAACCAAAAGGCCAACCACAAAAUUGAGGAAUUACAGGAGGCAAAGCAGCAUCUCGAACAGGAAGUCUACCUCAACAGGAAGCGGUUAGAGAUGGAGACCUUGGCUACGAAGCAGGCUUUAGAAGACCAUAGCAUCCGCCAUGCAAGAAUUCUGGAAGCUUUAGAAACUGAAAAGCAAAAGAUUGCAAAAGAAGUACAAAUUCUACAGCAGAAUCGGAGUAACAAGGAUAAAAGUUUUAUGGUUCAGUCCAGUUGGAGUUCCAUGAAGCUUUCCAUGAUGAUCCAGGAAGCCAAUGCCAUCAGCAACAAACUGAAAAAAUACUAUGUUUUUGGCAGACAUGAUGUAUCAGGUAAAGGUGGUCCCGACACUUCCAUUCGGGUUCGUAACCUGCAACUAGGGAUCUCAACUUUUUGGAGUCUGGAAAAGUUUGAAUCUAAACUUGCAGCCAUGAAAGAACUUUAUGAGAAUAACGGCAGUAACAGGGGUGAAGAAGUUUUUUGUGAUCCUGAAGAUGAAUGGGAACCUGAUGUUACAAACGCACCAGUUUCUUCAUUUUCUAGAAGGAGGAGCAGGAGUUUGAUGAAGAACAGAAGAAUUUCUGGCUGUUUACAGGACAUCCAGGUCCACCCGAUUGAGAACCUGCUUCCUGCACAUUCGUCAGGCUUAAUGGAAAAGUCAAGCGCUAUCUACUCAAAUUCAACAGAAUCAUUUCUUCCUGGGAUUUGCAAAGAAUUGAUUGGUUCAUCAUUAGAAUUCCUUGGUCAGAGUUACGAUGAAGAAAAAACUAUAGAAGACAGCCUGAUGAAUAAUUUUCUUACAAUUUAUAAUGGGCUCCUUGCCGUUUCCAAAGCCCACGAAGAGCAAGAUGAAGAAAGUCAAGAUAACUUGUUCUCUGAUCGAGCAACGCAGUCCCUGACCAUCCGGAUCGCUUGUGCUUUUGAGCAGCUUGUGCUGCUCCUUAGGCACUGGCUGCGCGAUGCCCUACCUUGUGCCGGCGCGGCGAGGCUCGAGGAUGAGUUGAGACAAGAAGUUAAGAAGCUGGGAGGUUACUUACAAUUAUUUCUGCAGGGAUGCUGUUCAGAUAUUUCAUCAAUGGUAAAAGAAGCACAAAAGAAAGUGAUCCAAAUUAUACAACAAGCUGUAAAGUACGUGGGACAAUUAACGGUCCUGAAAGGGAGCAAGCUUCAUUUUCUGGAAGACAGUAACCAUAAGGUUGCCAGUGACCAGGAAGAACUUGUGGUUGCUGUUUGUGAUGGUAUAGGCUUAGGAAUGAAGAUCCUUUUAGAUUGUGGACUGGAGAAAGCAAAAGAGCUCCAGCAGGAACUCUCAAAAGAGUGUACACAAGAGGAGGUUACUGAACAGAUAAAAGCUAAUGCCAUAGGACUGAUUAGAUCUCUUGAAGACAUCUUUGCUGAAUGGAAAAUGGAACAUUUCAGAACUCAAGAAGAAAAUUCUGGAUACCAAGAUUCCAAGAAGAUAGUUAUUCUUGCCCCAGAAUUCUUAAAAUUAAAUCAGUGCUUGGAGAAAGCUAUUCAAAUGAUUAUUUCUACACUGAGAGGCUGCCACCAGGAUGUCAGUCUGCUCCGGGACUGUGUGGAAGGCAUUUGCAACGUGGCCAGGGGUUUUCACAGUGACGUCUGCGUACCCUCCUCCACCUCUGUUGACAGCUGCCAGAGGGGACCACCUCAGGCUGGCCACAGGGAGCUAGAGUCUCUAGCGAAGUCACUCCUCUUAUGUUUCGAAUUCGAAGAAAGACCCAAUUUGUUGAAGCCCUGGGAAACUCGUAAUCAGAAUAGCAGAAAGGAAGAACAGCAGCCCAGACCUGGCAGGACGGACUGCAGCAGGCCCAAAGGUGUGCCGAAGCGCGUCUAUGAGCUCCACCGCCCGUCCCCAGCAGGGGGCGCUGACGGGUGCAUGCCCGCUAGGAUCCAGUGGGUGUGAGUGCAGGCGUGGGGACACUUCAUGACCAUCUGUGAGCCUGGCAGGCAGUUCCCCUUAUGCAGGGCUAUAUUAAAGGAAUCAGUGUAAAUACUUCAAGAAGUCCACCCUGGACCUUACUGGGGAUAAGCAUCGUGGAGACCCGAUUGCAAACCACAAAAAUGGACCAGGGCCAGACCGUGGAGGGCCACAGAAUGAAAUGAGGAAUUCGGAACCAAGUGGCUAGUCACGCCUCUAGUUUCUUCCUGCCUUGAAUUUCACGUUUGUCCGUAACAUCGAUAUGUUCUCACUACUUGGUUCCUUCGUCUGUUUGUAAAAGGUCAGGUUCUGGCGAGUAGAAACGCAGACAGUCGGAUGCCCUGGGCUGUGUCUGCUCUCCCUGCAGACAGCCAGGAGGGGUCUGUGGUGAGAGUGCCGACCAAACAACGAGGCCAGCUUCCCUCGUGUUGUUGUCUAAGACUUGCUGCCGUUUGUAAUCGUAUGUUCGAGGGCAUAGUUUCCUAUUUCUUCCCAAAAUAAAAGUGACUCUCUAAAAAAAAAUAUAUAUA